AUGAAUAAAUAUAGCAAUAAUAGUAUAAUAUAUUUUAACAUUUGUUAGAUCCAGCAGGGGAAUGGAGUAGAUUGAUUUAAUAAUAAAAUUCUUAAUCAGAUCAGCAACAAUAAUUACUAAAAUAUGAAGAUUAUCAACGUAAAUUACAAUACAGGUAACUUAAUAUAGAAAUGUUAUAUAGACAAGAUCUACAAACUGCAAUGUAAGAGAGAAAAAAAAAGAAUUCUGAAAGUUUUGAUAAUUAUUAACAAGCUGGUUAAGCUUAAUAAAGUUUGCAAAGAUAGGAUUAAGAACAACUUUAGAAAUUGAAUUAAUUAAAAUAAAAGGAAGCAGAAUUUGCAAAAUAUAGUAUUGAAUAACAAGAAAUUAAAAAAAUACUUUAAAAACAAUAGAAUUUAAAUGAAAAACAAUAAAUUAGCGAAUAAUUAAACAAGAACUAAUAAAUUUUUAAAGAAGAACUUAUUGAAAAAUAAAAUAAAAAAAAUUAAGUUAUUUAUGAAUUAAAUUAAUCUUAUAAAGAUAUGGAAGACAAAAAAAAAGUUGAAUAACUUAAAUUAAAAUUAAUUGAAAAGUAAAGCAUGUAGGAUGAAUUAAAUAAACUACAAUAAGAUGAAAAUUAAAGAAGAAAUGUAUUUGUCAUAUAUAUACUAGUUCUUAAAUAAAUUAAAAAAUAAUUACCAUUAAAAUGAAGGAUUAUUAGAGAAAUAUAAUUAAAUUUAUAUACAAAAAGAAAGAGAAAAAAGUGAGAUUGAGAAUAAAAUAAUAAAGGAAGCUGCUGAAUAGAAGAGAUAAUAAGAUGAGUAAAGAUAAAUAAUAGAAAAAGCAAUCAGAUAAAAAAGAAAUAAAGAAACUUAUAAUUCUAUAAUGGAUUAAAUUGAAUUUAAGAAAUAAUGGAAGGAAAGAGAACAAUAGUAAAAAUCAUAAGAAUUAGAGUAUUAUGGAAUUGUUAAUGAAUAAUAUAAACGAAAGGAUCAAGAUGAUUUUUAAAGAAAAAUAGAAAAAUAAAAAUAGUAUAGACAAGAUCUAAUAUUGUAAAUAGAAGAAUAAUAAACAAAAAAGAAAAGAGAUUAAUCAAUGAGUACUGUUGAAAUGAAAAUUAAUUAAAACUAUUACAAUAAUGAAGGAUUAAAUGUUGGAAUUGUUCCAGGAAUAUUUGUUGAUCACAACAGACUUAAAUAACAGUAAAUCAUUAUUUUAAAAUAGGAAAUAUCUUGAUAGCAAUCAAACCAAAAGAUAAAAUAGUUAAUUCUAAAGAUAGAGAAAUUUAAGUGCUUAUUUUGCUUCAAAUUAGAUAAAUUGA